UUUGUGUACAGGCUGACAGUGCCAUUACGGCAAUUGUAACACGAAGGGCUGUUGAAACCAAAUGCCGGGACCACAGUCGUAGCUUAUAAGACGCGCUUAUUUCACUGUAUACUACGUUUAAAAUAGAAAAUAUAUAUCGAUUUUUUAAAUUUCAUAACCAGAAGUAAAAGGUCUUUGCUGGGAAGCACAAUGGCUGAACAAAACAACGGAUAUCAGCAGUUGCAAAAUGAGGAGGAACUAGGAGAAAGCUCCCAGGUUGUCCCAGAUGCUCCUCCAUCCUACAGCAGCCUUGCAGCGGACAAUGCAGCUUACUUUGAUUAUAAAGAUGAAUCUGGUUUUCCAAACCCCCCUUCGUAUAAUGUUGCCACAACGCUCCCAUCUUACGAUGAAGCUGAAAGAACUAAGGCAGAAGCAACUAUUCCUCUUGUUUCUGGAAGGGAGGAGGAUUUUGUGGCCCGGGACGACUUUGACGAUGCUGACCAGUUAAGGAUAGGAAAUGAUGGCAUUUUCAUGCUGACUUUCUUCAUGGCAUUCCUCUUCAAUUGGAUUGGGUUCUUCUUGUCCUUCUGCCUGACCACCUCGGCUGCGGGUCGAUACGGGGCUAUCUCUGGAUUUGGUCUGUCGCUCAUCAAGUGGAUCCUUAUUGUCCGGUUUUCCACCUAUUUUCCUGGAUACUUUGAUGGUCAGUACUGGCUGUGGUGGGUGUUCCUUGUACUGGGGUUCCUUCUGUUCCUCAGAGGCUUCAUCAACUACGCCAAGGUUCGGAAAAUGUCUGAUUCUUUUUCCACUCUCCCCAGAACCAGAGUCCUGUUCAUUUACUAAAGCUGUGUUCUAAAAAAAAAAAAAAAAGCCUUCCUGCACUUAUGAGUUCUGGAAGAAAAAUCUCCUUCACAAAUCAACUGCCCCCUGCAGGAAGUGUACCAGGACCUUGAUCAUUGAAGACUUCAAAGACAAAAAGAAAUCACUGCUUUAAAUACUUCAAUACUGUUUAAGAAUGAGACAUUUCUUUCUAUAUGUGUCCUAGAUGUACAAUUUUACCAGUGGAUGCUGAGAAUUCUGUAACCAAUCAUUAAUGGCUAAUGUUUAAGUUUAAGUGCUAUUGCAAUUAAGUCUGUGAUGUACGAAUAACGCCUUAUAUAUCUGUUUGUAAAGUGGCAUGCACUGUGCCCUUUUAGCCAGUAGAGGGCAGUCUUGCUUUAUCUUUUCUCUGCUACUUGAUUUGGAAACAACAUUUAGUGUUAAGAUGCUGGUCAUGAUUUACAGUAAUGGGGGUUCUCAGUAGUUCAGAUAGUGGUUUUCAAUAUCUUGAAACAUUUUAAUGCAGUGUUUAUUUGAUAAUGUACCUAGAAAAUUGUACAAAAAAAUAGGUAUAGUGCUUUUAAUCUUAUUUCACACAUGUAUAACUUUAAAUAUAUGUAAUUAAUGGAAAUGGCAGAAACACACAAUACAGUUUGAGGAUUCCUUCUCAGUAAUUAGCUGAGUAUGCAAAAAAAGAAAAGAAAAUAAGUCAAUAAAUAACUAGAAGAACCAAGGCAGUACUAAGGCUUUCAGUUUCCAUUGUCAUUUUAAUGCUCUGGCUACUACCCUGCCAAUUUCUGUAGUUUUGUUAAAAAAAUGUAUUUAAACAGAAGUACGGAUAUGAAGCAGGAAGUAGUUGUUGGGUCCGUUCAUUUGAACUUAAUUCUCAAGGCAUCCUUCAAACUUUACAUGUACUCUGGGAUUAUUUUAUGUCACAUCAUUUGUUUUUUAAUAGCUUGCAUGGCAUAGUCACCUAUUAGGUCUCUGAUCAAAAUAAUGAUUUUCCAGGGUGCAUUUGGACCCAUCGGUCAAAGGUUUUGUUGAAAUUGAAAAUUUAGGUGGACUCGGCUUGCCUUUUGACUCAUUUUAAGGAAAAAAAAAAUGCAAGGUUAUUUAAAAUCAUCAGACAACAAUGUCUUGGAGAGCACAGCGUAGAUCUCAAGUAAUGGCUAGGUGGCUUUUUAGACAUUGGAUUCAAAUUUAGUCUACAAUAAUAAUUUGGUCACAUUAGUUUUAACCAUGUCUUAAAAAGCAUUUGAGAUAUAGUUUAUUUUUGUACAAUUAUGUACACCCCUCAGGCUAGCAGUGAUGUUUACCUUGACCUUUCUUGUUUGAUGAUUUGAUCAUAAAGACCCUGUGGAUUGGAUAUAAUGAAAUUCAGCGGAUUAUGCCAUCUACAGUACCCGGUGAUUUGACAAAGAAUGAUCUGCAAUCAGAACAAAAAUGCAGCUCCUCUUGGAGAAAACUAUAUAGACAACACUUCUACCUUUACCAUAAUCCUUAUGUAUGUGCAUCAGCUGACCAUAUGAGUUUUUUUAUUCAUUCAAUAUGAGGCAGAAAUCAAUGCCAGGCACGUUUUUAAAAUUUAUUAGGGCAAUAGAAAUAUUUCCUCCCUUUCACAAAACAGUUCUGUAGAUCAUAAUGUGUUUAAAAAUGAGCCGACUUGAGAACUUUUGAGAUGAUCCCCGAGAUUCAUGUACAAUUUGCUUUUAAUAAUGUGAUGUAAUGUUGUGUGUAAGCAGAACCGUUCUGCUCAUUGUAAGAAUAGAUGGAUUCAUUAUUUGUGUGCUUUCUGCUGAGUAGUACUGCACCUUGUUUUUGUUUUUUUUAUUGUUAAAACAAUAAGACAGACUGUAAAUAUAGCAAAACAUCUAAUAAAUGUCACUUAUAUAGCA